AUGUGCCCCGCGCCCGACCAUGGAGGCUCAGCGAUCGAAGAUCCCCAACCUGACGACGAACACAACAACAACAACGACAUAACCGCUUCCGAGCCUGUGAUCCAGGCUGGCGCCAACAUUCGCACGAGAGCCCGGACCAUGACGAGCACCGAAGAGAUCGACAACACCAUCAUCCGCCCGGGCUCUGUCCGUAUCAAUGUCAAGGGCGCAUUCAUUGUCGACCCGGACUCCAAUUCUCCGAGCAACAAUGGCCGCGGAUCCCCGACCCAUCAUGAGACGAGCGAUAUUCGCCUACCGAACCACCACGCCGUCGUCAGCCAUAUCGCCGUAGAUAUCGGUGGCUCUUUGAUCAAGCUUGUCUACUUUACGCGCGAGGCCGGCUCCAAGGAGCCUGGCGGCCGCCUCAACUUUCUCAAUUUCGAGACGGAUCGCAUCGAUGACUGCAUCGAGUUCAUGCGCCAUCUGAAGGACAAGCAGCAAACCCUCAAUGGCUCCCAACCUAACGAAUUGAGUGUCAUGGCCACUGGUGGCGGCGCUUUCAAGUUCUACGACAAAAUGCGGGACGUUUUGGGUGUCGAUGUGUUGCGCGAGGAGGAGAUGGAGUGUCUGAUCAUUGGCGAGUACAGUCUCGACUUCUUCAUCACUGAAAUCCCUCGAGAGGUAUUCACCUACAGCGAAACCGACCCAAUGCACUUCGUCUCUCCCUCGGAGAACAUAUACCCAUACCUCCUCGUCAACAUCGGUUCCGGAGUCUCCCUUCUCAAAGUUUCGGGCCCUCGAGAGUACCAACGUGUUGGCGGCACAUCGCUCGGCGGUGGCACGCUCUGGGGCCUUCUAUCACUCCUCACGGGCGCCCGCACCUUUGACGAGAUGCUCGACAUGUCAGAACAGGGUGAUAAUGCCAAGGUGGACAUGCUCGUUGGUGACAUCUACGGCGGCGACUAUGGAAAGAUUGGCCUCAAGAGCACGACUAUUGCGUCCUCCUUUGGCAAGGUCUUCCGUAUGAAACGCACGGCAGAAGAUGAGGCCGAAGACCACGGCGGCCUCCAUAACGGCGACAACAAAAACCGCGCCUCUUCAGUGACGCAUCCCGAAGGCCCAGCAGAGGAGGCACCUCAAGUGGCCGGGGAAAACGCUUCAGACCAGCCUUUCUCUGGCGCAGACAUUUCCAGGUCGCUAUUGUACGCCAUUUCCAACAAUAUCGGUCAAAUUGCCUUCCUCCAGUCGCAGAUUCACAACCUGGACCAUAUCUACUUUGGCGGCUCAUUCAUCCGUGGCCAUCGCCAAACGAUCAACACCCUCAGCUACGCCAUCAAGUUCUGGUCGCAAGGAAAAAAGCAAGCAUACUUUCUCCGGCACGAGGGUUAUCUGGGUUCCGUCGGCGCCUUCCUCAAGCGCCAACCUCGGAACUGGGGACGACGGGGGUCAUUUGAGGAAGCGCAGCACCUUGAGCGGCGACUCCGGGGCCGUGCGAUUCCACACGACGCCGAGAUGCAGAGCCUAGUAGAUGACUACGCCUCUGAAUCGGGAAGGGACUGA